CAGGGGCAAGAUGGCGGCCGAGAAACAGGUUCCCGGCGGCGGCGGCGGCGGCGGCGGCAGCGGCGGCGGCGGAGGCGGGGGCGGCCGCGGCGCGGGAGGAGAGGAGAACAAGGAGAACGAGCGUCCGUCCGCCGGGUCGAAGGCGAACAAGGAGUUCGGGGACAGCUUGAGCUUGGAGAUUCUCCAGAUCAUUAAGGAGUCUCAGCAGCAGCAUGGCCUGCGGCAUGGAGACUUUCAGAGGUACAGGGGCUACUGUUCCCGCAGACAGAGGCGACUCCGGAAAACACUCAACUUCAAGAUGGGGAACAGACACAAAUUCACGGGGAAGAAAGUCACUGAGGACCUUCUCACCGAUAAUAGGUAUCUGCUGCUGGUGCUGAUGGACGCUGAACGGGCUUGGAGCUACGCCAUGCAGCUCAAGCAAGAGGCCAACACGGAGCCCCGGAAACGCUUCCACUUGCUGUCACGCCUCCGCAAGGCCGUGCAGCACGCGGAGGAGCUGGAGCGUCUGUGUGAGAGCCGGCGUGUGGAUGCCAGGACCAAGCUGGAGGCACAGGCGUACACUGCUUACCUCUCUGGAAUGCUGCGCUUCGAACACCAGGAGUGGAAAGCUGCCAUCGAAGCUUUUAACAAGUGCAAAACCAUCUAUGAGAAGCUUGCCAGCGCUUUCACCGAGGAGCAGGCCGUGCUGUACAGGCAGCGCGUGGAAGAGAUCUCGCCUAACAUCCGCUACUGCGCCUACAAUAUCGGGGAUCAGUCUGCCAUCAACGAACUCAUGCAGAUGCGACUGCGGUCUGGGGGCACGGAGGGCCUCCUGGCCGAAAAGUUGGAGGCCCUGAUCACGCAGACCCGAGCCAAGCAGGCGGCCACCAUGAGCGAGGUGGAGUGGAGAGGGAGGACAGUGCCGGUGAAGAUCGACAAAGUCAGGAUCUUCCUGCUGGGGCUAGCUGACAAUGAGGCAGCCAUCGCCCAGGCCGAAAGCGAGGAGACCAAGGAGCGGCUGUUCGAGUCGGUGCUCAGCGAGUGCCGGGACGCCCUCCAGGCCGUUCGUGAGGAGCUGAAGCCAGACCAGAAGCAGAGAGACUCAGUUCUCGAAGGGGAGUCGGGCAAGGUGUCUAACCUGCAGUACUUGCACAGCUACCUGACCUACAUCAAGCUGUCCACGGCUGUCAAGCGCAACGAGAGCAUGGCCAAGGGUCUGCAGAAGGCACUGCUGCAGCCACAGCCCGAGGACGACAGCAAGCGCUCACCACGGCCACAGGACCUGAUCCGGCUCUACGACAUCAUCCUGCAGAAUCUGGCGGAAUUGCUCCAGCUGCCGGGCCUGGAGGAGGACAGAGCCUUCCAGAAGGAGAUCGGGCUCAAAACGCUGGUGUACAAGGCCUACAGGUGCUUCUUCAUCGCUCAGUCCUACGUACUGGUGAAGAAGUGGAGCGAAGCCCUGGUCCUCUACGACAGGGUCCUCAAGUACGCCAGCGAGGCCAGCUCUGAUGCCGGCGCCUUUAAGAACAGCCUCAAGGACCUGCCUGAUGUGCACGAGCUCAUCACACAGGUGAGGUCGGAGAAGUGCUCCCUGCAGGCGGCGGCCAUCCUGGACGCCAGCGACCCCCAUCCCACAGAGAGUAGUGCCCAGAUCAAGGACAGCAAGCCUCUGGUCGAACGGUUUGAGACCUUCUGCCUGGACCCAUCCCUGGUCACCAAGCAGGCCAGCCUGGUCCACUUUCCUCCAGGCUUCAGACCCGUGCCCUGCAAGCCGCUCUUCUUCGACCUGGCGCUCAACCACGUGGCCUUCCCUGCCCUCGAUGACAAACUGGAGCAGAAGGCCAAGAGUGGCCUCACCGGCUACAUCAAGGGCAUCUUUGGGUUCAGGAGCUGACCAGGCUCUGCUUGGGGGCGGGGGGGCCGCUCUGAGUCUGUAUGUGCGAGAGGCCUCACGGGUUCUGACGGGGAAUCCAGCCUGCAGCGGCCCGGGCAGGACAGCCUGCCAGCCUGGCUCCCUCUGAGCGUCUGUGCCCUUCCGCUGGUGACGGCAGACUCCCGCUGGGGGUGCCUGUGACGCGUGGCCCAGGGUCAGACCCGUGGGCGGACUCCCCCAGGCCCAGACCGGGUCCUGGGCGUGCUGGACUGUUUUCUUCAGUCCCAUGGACCUGAAAUGAACUCAUCCUUGCCAGAAGCUUCUGAGCCUCUCAGAACAUGGGCCCAUGAUGGGGAACACUGGCGGCGUCACCCCAGAGCAGCGCCGGCCCUGUCCUCCUCCCCGCUGCAGGAAAGUUCCGGAGCGUCACGGCAAGCAAAGAGCUCUAUUUUUAGAAGAAACAUGUCACACUCAAAAUGAUGCAAACAAAUCUUAUAUUAAAAGGCCGAGAUGCUGGA